GUUCCACAUUCUUCCACGUAUCUUUUCAAUUUCCAUAAUACUCCUUACAAUCUUCAUCUUCUUCUUCACUCUUCACUGCAACUCAAAAGCUUCACUCAAAAACCUAUACUUACAUACAAUUUUGUAUAGAUAUAAUUUUUUUUUGAAGCUUUGAUUUCGCUAUAAUGGAUGCAGCUGCACAGUUGGUUUACUGUGGAAUUGAUCCUAUGUGUCGCUCUUCAUUGCCGUAUCGUGGACUCUCUUCUUCUGGUUCUUCAUCAUCAUCGUUGAAGAAAUUGAGGAUUCGGAGGAAAAACGGCGUCGUUCGGGCAAUUGCGACUGAACCUAAGCCGUCGGAGUCAAAGACAACUACUAAGCCGGUUAACGGCAUUCCUAAACCAGUCAAUGGUUCUUCUAUGAGAAUGCAGGAUGUAUCACAAGAGAUCAAGAGAGUGAGGGCACAAAUGGAAGAAAAUGAGGACUUAGCUAUACUCAUGAGGGGGCUUCGAGGUCAAAACCUGAAAGAUUCGUUGUUUGCUGAUGAUAACAUUAAGCUUCGCCUAGUAGAGGUUAAUGAGAGCAGUGAGUUCUUGCCCUUAGUUUAUGAUCCUGCUAGCAUUUCUGCAUAUUGGGGUAAACGGCCGCGUGCUGUUGCUACCCGUAUAGUCCAGCUAACAUCUGUUGCUGGAGGUUUUCUUUCACGUCUUGCCUGGGAUGUGAUAAAUAAAAAGGUUAAAGAGAAUGAGGUUGCUCGAGCAAUUGAGUUGAGGGAGAUUGUAACAUCACUGGGUCCAGCAUACAUAAAGCUAGGGCAAGCAUUAAGCAUCCGGCCAGAUAUACUAUCACCUGUUGCGAUGGUUGAGCUGCAGAAGCUUUGUGAUAAGGUACCAUCAUUUCCAGAUGAUGUUGCUAUGGCCCUUAUAGAGGAGGAAUUGGGAGAACCAUGGCCUAACAUCUAUUCUGAGCUUUCUCCGUCCCCAAUUGCUGCUGCGUCCCUUGGGCAGGUGUAUAAGGGCCGGCUGAAGGAGAAUGGAGACUUGGUUGCUGUUAAAGUACAGAGGCCUUUUGUCCUUGAGACAGUGACAGUUGAUCUAUUUAUCAUACGGAACUUGGGGCUAGUUCUUCGCAAGUUUCCACAGAUUUCCAUUGAUGUGGUUGGAUUGGUGGAUGAAUGGGCUGCCCGCUUCUUCGAAGAACUUGAUUAUGUGAAUGAGGGAGAAAAUGGAACACUUUUUGCUGAGAUGAUGAAAAAAGACCUUCCUCAGGUUGUUGUCCCUAAGACAUAUAGCAAAUAUACUUCAAGGAAGGUUCUUACAACAGGAUGGAUUGAUGGAGAGAAGCUAUCACAAAGCACCGCAAGUGAUGUAGGUGAUUUGGUAAAUGUUGGAGUCAUAUGCUACCUUAAGCAGUUGCUUGACACUGGUUUCUUCCAUGCGGAUCCACAUCCAGGGAACUUAAUACGUACGCCAGAUGGAAAGCUAGCUGUACUUGACUUUGGCUUGGUUACAAAAUUAACAGAUGAUCAGAAAUAUGGCAUGAUCGAAGCCAUAUCUCACCUUAUUCAUCGAGAUUAUGGUGCCAUAGUCAAGGAUUUUGUGAAAUUAGGUUUCAUUCCCGAUGGGGUCAAUUUGCAACCCAUUUUGCCUGUACUUGCCAAGGUUUUUGACCAGGCACUUGAAGGUGGGGGAGCAAAAAAUCUUAACUUCCAGGAGCUGGCAUCAGAUUUGGCACAAAUAACAUUUGAUUAUCCAUUUAGAAUACCACCCUAUUUUGCUUUAAUAAUUCGAGCAAUAGGCGUGCUGGAGGGGAUUGCAUUGGUGGGGAACUCUGAUUUUGCCAUAGUGGAUGAAGCUUACCCAUAUAUAGCACAGAGACUGCUGACAGAUGAAUCUCCGCGGUUACGGAGUGCUUUACGUUACACAAUAUAUGGGAAAUCUGGUGUUUUUGAUGCUGACAGAUUCAUAGAUGUUAUGCAAGCAUUUGAGAAUUUUAUAACUGCAGCUAAGAGUGGAGGUGGGGAGAGUUUGAAUGGGAGAAUGGCAGAGCUUGGCAUUCUGCAGAGCCAAACAAAUAGCAUAAUUCCUUUUCCCUCAAGUGCUUACCAAACAGAGCAGCCAAUUCAAACCAGAGCAGCAUUAGGAUUUCUGCUCUCUGAUAAAGGGAAUUUUUUCCGUGAAUUCCUUUUGGAUGAGAUAGUGAAGGGCAUUGAUGCACUAACAAGGGAGCAGUUGGUUCAAAUAAUGGCAUACCUUGGAAUUGGAAAUGCAAUUCCAGUAUUCAGUAUGGUUCCUGCUGCUUUUGUACCUAUUAGACCGGCUGCACUUGUACCAUAUGUAACUGAGGAGGACAGAAUCAUAUUGAACAAUGUUCAAAAAAUCAUCCAAUUCUUAGCUGCUGGGACUGCAUCUAACCAGGGUUUGGAGGGAGCAAGUGUCCGUAGAGUGAUCCAGGAGCUUCUUCCAGUGCUUCCAGGCCUCUCGGCUAAGGUUCUUCCCGAAAUUCUUAGUCGACUUACUUCUCGUGUGAUGGCACGCUUGAUACGAGAUGCACUGUUGUAAUUCCAAUCCUUCUAACCUUACAGUUUCCUCUUCUUGAAUUGUGCAUAUAUCAUUCACAAACUUGAGAGUAAGUAGAUAUAGAAAAAGUAUAUUUAUUGUACCCUCUUGUGAGGCUUUACCAAUUAUACUGACUAGUAUAGUUUCUGUACUUUAUCAGAA